AUAAAAUUAACAGUUGGCGAUUUUGGUUAUCUAUCAGCGAUAGUUUAUUUUAACCUAAAAGCUAUCAAAUUCAAAAAGAAACCGGUAAAAUAUUGCUUUUGCAUUUUUUUUUAAAUAUCUUUGUUGUGUAUUCUUGCAAUUUGCAAUCAGUCAUGGAUUUUUUAAGAUCUGGUCAAAUAUCUGAAGCUGCGCAAGGGUUUAUUAUGAAAUUUUUAAUUGAAGUAGGUACUUUCAAAUUGGAAGACAAUUGGAUGGAAUAUCAAACUAAAAUGGAAUUAUUUUUCCAAGAAAAUUCUGGUUUCGAUACAAUCCUGAAAACACCACUAAUUUUAACAAUAUUGCCAUCUGAAUGCAAUGGCAUUUUAGACAAUGUUAGCAAUGGCCAACAACUUUGUACUCUUGAUCACAAAUUUGUACUUGAAGCAUUGGACAAUUAUUUUUAUCCAAAAAAGGAUGCUGCAUACUAUCGUGAGAAGUUUCAAUUAAACAAACAAUACAAAGGCCAAUCAUUUUUUCGUUAUGUCACGAUUUUACGAAAGUUGAUGGCAGACUGCAAUUUCAAUAAAAAAAGUAAACACAGCAAAUUACGAAACCAGUUAAUAGCUGGGGUGCUACCUGAGAUUAAAAGUAAAAUUAAUCAAAAUGCUAUGUCGCUCUCACAGGUGUUUGAGGUUGGAUUAGCUUGGGAUGAAGAAAAUAAUAAAUCGCAAUCUAAAUUUUUGAAGAAACAACCCAAAUGUUUUAGAUGCGCCCAAGCUAAAUAUUUACACCGAGCUGAUCCUUGUUUCUUUGAGUGGUCUAUUUGUGGUGGUUGUGGAGUAAAAGGUCACGUCACUUUAAGUUGUAAGUACAAAAGGAAGAAUUGUGAUAAGUGUAAUGAACAAGGACAUGUUAAAAAGUUAUGUAAAAAAACUAAUGAAGAUAUAGCUGCAGCAGCAGUUGAUGCUAUUAAAAUAGAAUAAUUAUUAUUCUGACUGUUUGCUGCAACUCUGCGCAAUUGUGAUGACUCCUGUUAUAAUUAUUAAGUAAUAGAUGUGGGUGACCACAUACUCCAAAUUUUUUACUAAUAUUAUUUUAAUACUUUAAUAAUAUCGCUUUUUUAAUACUGCAACUAUUUUUUGUUAGUUGCCAAAAGUAUUUAGAUCUUAUAAAACCAUAACAUUCUCAUACAAAUGUAAACAAAAACAAUUGAGAUUGUUUCACCAUCAGGUGUUUGAAAUCAAACACAUUUCAUUUAUUAAUUAUCCUUUGGUACAUUUUUCCAAUCUGCAUCUCUUUUCAAGUUUAGAAGUAGCUUGACGCCAGUCACCAAUACUUUUAUAACUCAUAUAAACAAUAGGUUGAAUAUUUAAAUACAUUUUUUGGACUAGAUGCUCCACUACCAGGGCUUUCUCGAGAAUUACACCUAUUCAACAGAUAUAUGUUUACUAGGUUUUUCAUAUGCUGCUUCUUGUUUGUGCCUUUUGCUUAGCAACAUGUUGGCGGUGCUCUCUACUCUUUAAACCAUCUCCUUCACCAGUUCCGUGACUGAUUACACCCUACUUCCUAAUUCUCUCUCUAAGUAGGCUCCUCUUGGCUUCCAUCUAUAGCAUAGCAAUAGAGUGUGUGUGAGACAGUGUUCGAUAUUUCACAGUACAAGCAUUUCUCAUUUUCUGCCUUUCCAAAUCUGUAAAGGUAUGCCCUAAGACAACGAUGCCCUCUGAGCAUCUGCGUCAGGAAGUAAUCCAAACGAAAUGGACAUUACUCCAUUCCUCUUACCACGUCAUAACGGACCUCUCCCUUUCUUCUUUUUUAAACAAUCUGUUGCUAUGUCUUCAGUUCUUCUCUGGUAUACUCUUCCUCUUUCCUUCACCAGCACGUGCAUCGGAAUACAGCGUCUCAGCAGAGACUGUUCUGUAUGCACAUACCACCCCUAACAGACUCUUUCCAUCUGUACGCCUUUCGUAAAACUACAGUAUCCCAGACAAGCGUCGCGUAGAGAAUGAUCGAUUGCACAACAGAAUGAAGGGCCCUACAAUUUUGGGCAUGAUCCCCCAACGUGGCGGAUCUCACUGCAGCUCUUUGAGUCACCUCCUUUACGUGCUACCCCACUCUCCGUUUUGACUCAGAGUCACUCCUAAAUAUCUCACGCACUCCUUUGAAAUCACUCUCUUUCCUGCACAUUCGAAUGUUGUCCCGUCCCUUUUCCUUAUUCCCUUGAGAACUAUAGCUUCGGUCUUACUUGCAGCCACUUCUAGACCAUACAUUUUCAUACAUUUCUCGACUUGGUCACAUGUAUGCUGCGCACCGAGGAUAAGGUCCUUUCUGUUCUACGCCACUACCAGCAUAGGAGUCCAAGGACCGACCCCUGCGGCACUCCAGCCAUCCAUACCCUAAUCUAAUUGUGCACACCUUUAUCUAGUUGAACUUUAGGAUGUGCCAAUACUUUUUAUGAAAUUGAUUAGCUUCCUGGGUGACUUGUUUCCCAUGUAGAAGGUCAGUGACCACUUUGAUAUCUUUUUACUCGUUUGAAGAAGGCGACUUGUUGCAGUAGGCGACACUUUUAUGAGCCUUUUUGCUUGCUUUGGUCCCGAUGUGUGUGAUAGUUGAGUUCCCAGGUCCGGAGUUCCUCUCUGAUGUGGCUUUUUGGUAGUCCACCGAAGGGCUCUGGACAUGGAAUAGGGUAUUAGCCCCUUCUUUUGCGAGGCUGUCUUCCUCAUUUUCUGCAAUUCUCCUGUGACCUGCCACCCACAUCAAUGUUACUUUGUUGCGUUCCGUUGGCUUCUUGAGGGAUUGUUUACAGUCCCAAACUAACUUUGUCCCACAAAUUAAUGACUUUAGAACCUUUAAAGAUUGGUGUCACAGUACAAUGUUCGUUGCAGUCCUUUGUAUUAGAAUUUUUUGGAAAUGAUAUAAAUUUUCCUUAAGAAAAAUACCAUAAGAAAAAUCACACGCAAAUAUUUUAUUUAACAAAAUAGAAACAUGGUUAGUAAAAUAAGAAUAAAUUGGAUACUCGUCUUUGUUUUAAAAAAUGAUUACUUUGGUAAUGCUUUAUAUAUAUUUAUUUUUUUUUUGUGGGAAGAAGGAAUGUUGUUACCUAGUUAUCUAUUAUUUAAUAAUCCUUUUUUAUAUAGUGUUAAGAAACGCGAACAUUCGUGAAAAUGUUAACCUUUGUCUGAUGGCAUACCAUUACUUUUGUAAUUAAGUCUAAAUAUAUCGCACAAAUCUUGUUGCUUUUGUGUGCUAUAUUUUCUAAGCCAUGAAGUGUUGAACAUCUUAGGCCAAAAUUGCAAAUUUGUUUUAGUUGUUUGGUAUGGUAUAUAAUCAGUUUUGUAACGUCACUUUUCAAGGGUGACUAAUAUUCUUGUUACCAUUUUAUAUUUAAUUAUAAUGAUAAUUUAGUUUUACUCUAACUUUAAAUUUUUUCGAAGACUGUUAAAUUUUAGCAAAAAGAAUAAUGUUAUGCGAUACAUAACCUCAAAUAAAAGAUAUAGGCAGUGUUAGUUGAGUUUUCGUUAUAUAAUUUUGGCAACGUACAAGUUAAUGUUUUUUUCACUUAUAUUUUAAGUUACUUUAAAAUUAACACAUUGCCUGCCAUAGAGGAUUUUGUAAUACUUUC